AGGCUUUACAAGCGGUAUUAUCCCUUAUUAACCCAUUAUUAAUUGUAAUUCUAUAGUUUACUACGUAAAAAUGUCGCAAAGUCAAGGAUUUUGGAUUUAUAGCGAUGUUGUGCCUGGCCGGUUCAAGGAGGUCUUUGUUUACGACUUAGUAACUACUCGAAGGUACAAUUAUCAAAACAUUGAGAAAAGAAAAAGAAGUGGGGAUCUAAAAGAUAAGGAAAAAACAGGAACCUUAAAAAUUGCGGAGGCGCCCGUUUCUGCUUAUGAAGAAUUUUCGGGAAGCAAAGAAAUAUCCUCCGAAAGUUCUGAUGUUAUAAAUAUUUAUAAUGAACACCUUGAGUCAAGUAAAAAUUCUGGCCCUUGUGAAGUACCUGCAUUUUACUCCAAACAAGAAAUAAAAUUGAAAAAGUUCAUUUCUCUUCUAAAUCAAAGUCAAGUUGAUUUUGAAAAAUUACGGGAGCUCUGUUGGUCUGGAAUUCCCUCUUCUUUUCGAGCAAAAUGCUGGAUGCUUUUAUCAGGCUAUCUUCCUUCAAAAGAUAGCAGAAGAGAAGAAACUUUGCUUCGAAAAAGAGAAGAAUACAAAAACUACGUUAAAAAAUAUUUUUCUACUUAUAAGCAAAGCAAGGAGAACGAGGCCAUAUACCACCAGAUAAAAAUAGACAUUCCCCGCACUGACCCGGAAGUCCCUCUUUUCCAACAAGUCAAAGUUCAGGAGAUCUACUUGAGAAUAUUAUACGUAUGGGCUAUACGACAUCCUGCUACGGGGUACGUACAAGGAAUUAAUGAUUUGUUGACUCCCUUCUUUUAUGUAUUUCUCAGCGAGGAGGUGGCAGAUGAGGAUAUAUACUACCGCGACCUUUCUUUACUCGACGACGAAAUUCUUUUCACAAUUGAAGCGGAUUGUUAUUGGUGCCUUUCAAAAUUGCUUGGCCGGAUACACGACAACUAUACCAUCUCUCAGCCUGGAAUCCAGCGGAAAAUAAACAAACUUUUUGCUCUGAUUAAAGUUGUUGAUGAAUCAUUGCAUCAACAUCUUGAACGGUUUGGCGUUGAUUACUUGGACUUUUCUUUUCGCUGGAUGAACUGCUUGCUUAUUCGUGAGCUCCCUUUUCCAUGUGUCGCUCGGAUGUUUGAUACCUAUCUCGCUGAAACUGAAAAUUUUAUUGAACUCCAUUUGUACAUUUGUGGUGCAUUUCUGGUGAGAUGGUCCAACGAAAUUAAGAAAGAAACUGAUUUUCACAAUAUAAUAACUUUACUUCAAAAUCUAAAACCAAGAACGGCUCGUUGGAGUGAAAGUGAAAUGGAACUUUUACUUGCGCAAGCUUAUGUGUGGAAGUCUUUAUAUCAAAAGUCACAUUUACAGAACAGUUGGCCUGAAAUAUCGUUUAAUAAAAUUUAA